GUGCUGAUUUGGGGCACGCAGCGAUUGAGGAAUCUUUGCUUAUAAUAACAGUGUUUUGCUUAUUCUCAACACACUCGAUGCGAGAAACAGACACCGAAAUAUAAACACUCACUUAAUAUUUUGUGAAAACUUGUUCAAUCAUUUUGAUUGAGUGUGAGAGGACUAAAAGAAAUAAACUUGUGUGAAUGUGACAUUUUGAUUCACGGAGAAAAAUAAUAUUUAGAGUUUGUGUUGGAGUUUUAGGAAUAACAAUGCAGCCGAGCAGUCUUCAACAUCGCUACCAUCCUACUGCAAAUGUCCCCGGGAUCAGCAAUGGACCCGGGUUAAGCAUGAUGCCGGCGUUAUUCGGAGACCAAAACUACUACAGACAUGGGGGAUACACUACAAUGGCCAUGGGAGGACUUUCCGCCGCCAUGUACUCCCCAGAACAGUACGCACCCAUGGGCCGCCCGUCCCCCUACUCCCACUACGGGACCCCUCACCAGUCCCCCAAAGACAUGGUGAAACCCCCGUAUAGUUACAUUGCACUGAUUGCGAUGGCCAUCCAAAGUCAGCCCGACAAAAAAGUUACCUUGAACGGAAUUUACCAAUUCAUCAUGGAUCGGUUUCCGUUUUACAGAGAAAACAAGCAAGGAUGGCAGAAUAGUAUACGACAUAACCUGUCGCUAAAUGAGUGCUUUGUGAAAAUUCCCCGGGACGAUAAAAAGCCCGGAAAGGGCAGUUACUGGAGCUUGGAUCCUGAUAGUUAUAAUAUGUUUGAUAACGGGAGCUAUUUACGGCGGCGGAGGAGAUUCAAGAAGAAGGACUCGAGGGACAAACUCUCCAAAGUAUCUGAUGACUUGGAAAAAUCCGAACAUCGAGGGAACACCUCCCCAGAUCGUGGUCAUGUUUCAAAAGACAAUAUAGGAAGUUCCGAUUUUUCUGAAAAUUCAAGUAACGGAAAGGAUAAUUUUGGAAAGAGCAGGGAGAUUGAAUCUGACAUCAAAACGUCUAGACCACCGGUCACGACAAAACUUGAACCAUUGGAGAAUUCUGAAGAUGUGAUUGCUGCAAGCAACCGAUCCCAUUCCAGCCCAAGUUCUCUGCCGAUCCCAAGUGAUCCUAUGGAACCGACGACAUCCAACUUUUCAGUGGAGAAUAUUAUGACUAAUUCCCAUGUGAGUUCUAAUUGUGACAUCCCAGGGGCAGGGUGUAAUUAUGCCCCAAGUCGCCCCACAUCUCUAGUCAGCCCUUCCCUACUUUCGUAUUCCAGACCAAACGAUAUCUACCGGAACAUUUCUUCUUGUAACCAAAAUGUGUCGCCACCGCUUGGCUACAACUACCCCAGCAACAUGGCGGCUCAAGCUCUUCUCACCCAGACUUCCCACGGAAACGGAAAUCCGUCGCUAAAUAUGUCUCCUUCCGCAACAGAGGACGGUAGCGUUGGGGAUGGUUCUCCACAGCCGUCACCAGCUCAUAUUCACCCGUCGCUACCCCAGGCCAACAGCAUCAAUCCUUCAAUGUUUUCUAUGUCGCAAUCGCAAACGUACGGACGUCCACCCAACGGAUGGUACAUGGCCCCACCUUCGGAAAUCAACCAUCUCAAUAAUCCAGAUUUUCCCGGCUCCUCGCCAUUUUCUGCUGUCAGGGACGUAUUCGAGAGUCAGAGACUUCUGAGUGCUCAGGGCCAAUCUCAGUCGCCCUCCAGCUGCCAACUCGCUGCCUUCCGAAACCCGUACAAAUCCGCUGGUGCUUACAGUUGUGACUACGGGAAAUUUUAGGAAUCUGUGUUGCGUGAAAAAUGGCAUAUGUAAACGAUUUAUUUUUUUUCCAUCAAAGAUACACAAUGUCAAAUAGUGCUAAUACUUGACACUUUAGAGUGACAACAAAAUUUGAAGAGUGUUCGAUUGUCCUACUCAACCAUUUCUAUGUCUGGAGUUGUCCCAGUCUGGCGGAUUAUAAACAAUUGCUACUCUGUAUGUUAUUUUUGACUUACUGAGAUAUUUAAUUUAGUCACUCGACUCGUGGAUGGGUGUUAAAUAUUCUUGUGCUAAAACUUGAAUCAUUUAUAAGUCAUUUUUAAAAAAGAUACUUUAUUUCUUUUGAAUAUUACAUAUAUAUAGAUGACACAUUUAAUGCGUCUAAGUUGGUGGUAGAUAUUUAGUUUCAUAUCUAAUUAAUUAUUAAAAUAUUAUCUACAAUUUAC